AUGUCGACAAUCCCACCCCUCUACCGCGUCUUCUUCAGCACGAUCGACCCGCUCAUCGCGCUCAGCGGCGCGCUAACCCAACUCUUCGCCCCCUCGACCAUCCUACGCCUGUACAACGCCUCGUCGGCAACGAUCCCGCCCGCCCCGGAAACCACUGUCCUCCUCGACAGCGGCGCGGGAUACCUCCUCUCAACACUGUUUCUGCAGGUCGCGAUGCUGCGCGCGCGGCCGGCCGACGUCCUCGUCUGGCGGUGUCUGCAGGGCGCGAUCCUGGUUCAGGACGUUGCGAUUAUUGGUGCCGUGGCGAGGUCGCUCGAUGUGCAGCGUCGGCUGGAGUGGGGUCUGGUGACGGGGCAGGAGUGGGCGAAUCUGGCCAUCCUCGCUGGCGUGGGGGCCCUGAGGGUCGCGUUUUUGCUGGGUGUCGGUAUGCGUAUGGAUGAGCUGAAUGGGGACAAGAAGGGGAAGAGUACUUGA